AUGCCGAAAGGCAUGAGCCAGUUGAAAAAUUUGCAGUUUUUAAGCGACUAUGUUGUUGGGAAGCGUGAAGAGAACAAGAUCACAGAAUUGGGAGCACUUGCAGAUCUACACCAAUCAAUUUCCAUUGCCGGUUUGGAGAAUGUGGUGAACAGCAGUGAAGCUUCGAUGGCAAGAAUGUUUGAUAAGGAUGGCAUUUGCUCUUUGGAGUUGAGUUGGUCGCCAGAUGAAGAUGAGAAUGAAGUUGAUUCCCAAAUAGAAAGAGAUAUACUCGACAAGUUACAACCUCACACUAAUUUGAAAGAACUAGAAAUCCGGGGUUACAGGGGUACAACAUUUUCAGAUUGGUUGGGAAGUUCUUCCUACCGCAACAUCACAUAUCUAAGGCUGGAUGGUUGCAGGAAUUGUUGUAUGCUUCCUUCAUUUGGACAACUGCCCUCUUUGAAGGGCUUAAGAAUUUCAAAUUUUGAAAGUGUGGAAAUUGUGGGUGCUGAGUUUUACUUUUACCAGAACGAUGAAUCUUGUUUGGAGACUCCAUUUCCAAAGCUUGAAAGCCUUUCGUUUUCAUCAAUGCCUUGCUGGAAGGAGUGGCGUUCAAUGGAGUUGAAUGCAUUUCCUCGACUUAGGAAGCUUACCAUAAUGGAGUGUCCGAUGUUGAGAGGAGAUUUGCCAAAUCAACUUCCAUCUUUGCAAUCACUUUGGAUUGAGAAGUGCGUUGAGGUGAGUUGUUGUGUUCCAAGGGCUCCUGCGAUUACCACUCUUUCAAUUUCAGGAAAGCAUCUAGUGGGGUCUGUGGUGGAGGCCAUUACCAACACGCAACUGACUUGCCUCACUUCUUUAUGGAUCUCAGGUUGUUCCUCCCACAUAUGGUUUCCAGUGAGUGCUAUUCCCCCAUCACUACACCGCUUGACGAUUCAGGAAUGCAGAGAAUUAGAAUUCGAAAUGGAUGGCCAACACCACUCACUUCAGGAACUAUACAUACGUAGCAGCUGUGAUUCACUUGCGUCCUUCUCCUUGUUGGAUUCCUUUCCGAAUCUCGUGCGUGUUGAGAUCAUGUACUGUAGAAACAUGGAGUCUAUUGUGGUGUCACGCUCUCUUUCAUGUCUCCGUUAUUUAUGGAUCAACCAUUGUGGGAGUUUGAAAUCCGUGUCAACGAUAUGGAUGGCAGCACCUCAGCUACAGCGUCUCUCAUUAGUGGGUUGCCCAGAGGUUGAUUUGUCUCCUACAGGGGAUGGGGAUCCACACCGUAGCCUCGGAUCUCUUGAAAUCAGCUACUGCGAGAAACUAGUGAGCACUGCAGCAUUCAUGAAUUCACAAUUUCAAGGGCUUAUUGAUCUUUGGAUUGAAGGUGAAUGUGAGAGUGUGAAGUGUCUCCCCAAGGAAGGUUGGUUGCCUGCCUCCCUUGAGUCUCUCACACUGGAAGGCAUUAAAAGUGUGGAGACGUUGGAAUGCAAGGGACUUGCCCACCUCACCUCCCUCCAUGAAUUAUCUAUUUAUGAAUGUCCCAAGUUGGAGAAUAUGGAGGGUGAAAAGCUGCCUGCCUCUCUAAUACAACUCAGCGUCAGUCGUAGCCCUUUGCUGGAUGAUGAAAUCUACCGUGGGGGAAGUGUACAGUGUACCCUUGAAGGAUACAGCUCAUAUGGGAAACAAUUCAAUAUUCGCUCAUCCAAAGGCAGAACUGAGAUUGAGGCUGCUGAUAAGCAAAGAAGGGAGUGCUCUGAUAUAAGCAUCACAAUUGGUGCAACAAUUUGA